GCAGCGGAGCGCCGAUCAGAGCGCAGGGGAGCGGCUUCACCGUGACCCCGAUCUGCGAGAACCUAAACCACCUCUGCCUGGAGACCAACGGACCGGACGGACAGCACGGACGGCGACGUCAUUUUUUUCCCCCCAGAGGCAGACCGUGUUUUGUGGCGGUCAGACAGACAGCAACAGUUGUCACGAUGUCUGAGAUGAGAUGAGGCGGGAGCAGCGGAGCGAACACUGCGGCGCUGCUGUGAUCCGGGCCGGCCGGGAGAGACGUGUUGCUGCCGCGUCCCGCCUGCAAUGAUCCCGCCGCGUUAGUGAGCGGGACAGCAAGGGGAGCGUGCCAUACAUCUGUGUGUCAUCCCCGGCUCUCGGCGUCAUUCAGUUCGUCAGCCACAGCCCGGGUGUGUGGAGGUUUUGUGUGCGGCGGAGCUGAAUCCAGACGGCAGGGCGGGCUCAUGUUCCGCUCAGCAGCCACACGGGCUGUUGCGUGUACGGAGAGUCAGAGCUGACGAGCCUGCGGAGACACAGACCGACAGACAGGCAGUCAGGCAGGCCGAGAGACAGACAGGAGCGAGGGGAGGGGGGCGACAGCCUUCUUCGGCUCUCUCGACCCUCUGCGGAUCGAGCCGAGCCCCCUCCUGUUUCCACCCAGAACCCCCACCCACUCGUCUCCCGCUUUGGAUGGGGGGAAAGCAGAGCACGGCGGGGCGGCCCCGGGGUGCUUUUCCCGGUGUCUCUACGGAUGACAGCGCGGUGCCACCCUCGGCCCACUUCGGCCACUACCGGCCGAGCGGCACCAUGGGCCUGCGGAGCCGCUCGGUGAGCUCUGUGGCCGGGAUGGGCAUCGAGCACAGCCCCGCCGUGCCCUUCGGCUUCUACACCCCCAGAGGGACGGACUCGGAUCGAGCCGGAGGGGGGUCAGGGGGCACUACUGCCGCCCCCCACGGUACCGGCUACCAGGACACUGGGGGUGGAGGGCACCACACGGACGGUGUGCUCUAUCUGGGGUCCCGAGGGUCGCUGGCUGACACCUUGCCCCUGCACAUCGCACCCCGCUGGUUCAGCGCGCACAGCGGAUUCAAGUGUCCUGUCUGCUCCAAGUCUGUGGCGUCCAAUGAAAUGGAGGUUCACUUCAUCAUGUGUCUAAGCAAGCCUCGCCUCUCCUACAAUGAUGAUGUGUUGGCUAGGGAUGCCGGUGAGUGUGUGAUAUGUCUAGAGGAACUGCAGCAAGGGGACACCAUAGCCAGACUGCCGUGCCUCUGCAUCUACCACAAAAGCUGUAUAGACUCGUGGUUUGAGAUCAAUCGGUCCUGCCCUGAACACCCCUCUGACUGACUGACCACCAGGCCCACUCUGAAUACUGUUCAAGGACAUCUCGUGGUCCUGCCAUGGAUAUCUGGACACAGACGCAACCAAAUCUGAUGAAACAAUGAAAGCAAUUAACACAUGCUCAUCCUGUCAGAGUCCAUCAUCCUUACCAAGAUAAUUAUUCCUUGUGAACUGAACCCAAAAACCGUGUCUGACAAACCAUCGUACAUUAAAGGGACCCUCCCGAGACUUCCAUCUGACAUCUGCUGAUGAGACUGCUUAACCCCCCCCCCCCUCCUUCCCUCCCCUCUCCAUGCUAACAGAGUCCCUUAAAGGGCUUCAUCAGCCUCAACUCCUCCUCCAAGUCAGCGGCCUGUCACCUCCCAGAGAUGCUCUGGUCCUCGCAGGCCUCCAGCAGCUAGCCCUCCAUCUUGUGUCUGGAUCCAGGCCUGUUAGUCAUUAGGUCCAGCCCUUCCAUGGCCUUAACUGGGGAGAGGAGAGGAAGCAGAGCGAGGAUGGGGCAUGAGCCAAGAAUAGGGAAACCAUACAAGCCAGAAGGAAGACAAUGAGGGGGAGGAAACCAACAACUGGAGGAUUGCUGAAGCUGGCUUUGAGAUCAGACUUUGAUGUUAAUCGGCAGGCCUCUCGUCUCUCACAAAAGGACUCCAGCUCGAUGUGAUGUCCCUUCAUGAUAGACUGGGUACCAGUGUGCUUCUUUCUCAUCGUUCUGUGCCCUUCCUCGCCAAUUUGACUCAUAGGAAUCAAAUCUAAAGUCCCCAAAAUGCUUCUUAGAUUUGGUUUGUGCACACCUGAGCAGGCAAGAACAAACUGGGAUGUCAGCGGGUUUUGUAUGUACAUGAUGGGGGUGGGGGGUCUUAAGGUGGACUAGAAGUGGAGAGGAGCAGUGUAAGCAUGCUCGGUUCUGGUUGGGAGGGAGGAGAGGGCCAGCAGUGUUUACGCUCCUACUGUGUAACAUGUGUCUGGAUGCUCCAGUGUCAGGCUUCACAUGGUAUGUGUAUGUACACUAUGUGUGUGUGUGUGUGUGUGUGUGUGUGUGUGUGUGCGCGUGCGUGCAUGUGUGUGAGAGAGAGAGAGCUUGGAAAUGUGACAACAUAGCUUUUUGCUGAAGCCUAAUGUGUGUGUGAGAGAGAGAGAGGCAGCGUGAAAGGUCAGUGUCGAGGGCUGACUGGGACAGUGCUGUGUGUGUGUGUGUGUGUGUGUCUGUGUAUUGAAAUGUUUACAGUGUAAAUGUCCAUGUUCCCUGUGUGUGCGACUGGCAGUCCUCCCUUUACUUUGCUGAUGUUUACAGCUCAAGAGAAGCGACAUGACAUAUUGUAAAUGACACACCUAACCUCUCUUGGUUCUUUUUUUUCCGAUCUGCCAGAUUUUUCAUGUGACCACGAUUAGUCAUUUUCUCGAGAGUGACAGCGUGUGUGUCUCUGUUUGUGCAUGUGUGUUUGAGUGUGUGAUUCCAAAGGCGCCUGUUGGUCUAUGCUACUGUCAGUUCCCCACAUUGUGUUUCUGCUAGAGUAGGUCUGGCUGACUGCGACUGGAGAUACGAGCCACUCAGACCCAACAAAGGACUCUGUAAUCCCACUGCGGAUCCACUGGAUGGGGCUUAUUUAUUCAUUUGUUCAUAUUUAACAAUAUUUGUUUAAUAUCCCUAUCAUGUGAGGUGUUACCCACUCUUCAGAAUGCCAAGAGCUGAUGUAUGAAGACUUCUAUAAACCAACAUACAAACAAACUGCAUUAACAAAGCUACUGUAAACAAAUGGUGGAAUAAAUUGUGCUA